AUGGAGCCGCCAUAUGUCAUCGGGCAGCUAUUCGUAUCCAAGACCACAAUAACCCUUGCCGAUCCCAUCACUGCCGUCAAGGUACCAUCCCUGCGCUACCUGCUCCUCCAGCUCAACCUGUCUGAGCCCCUUCGGGACUUUGACCUGUCAUCAGCUUUGCAGCUGUCUGGAACUGCAACCCUUCUUAGUGCGAAAUGCUUCGUGUCAGCCGAAAUGGCGGCUGAAGUGGCUAAGGCGACACCAAUGGAAAUGGCAGCGGUUGGGAGCGCGCCAACGGCGAUGGAUGGCAGCUGGCAACCUCCCCCGAUCCAGCGGCCAGCAUCAGCCCAGCUUGGCCAAGCUGCACUAUUCGCAGCAGCAUCAGGUCUUUCUUAUGUGCAAUCAUGCUUAGCGGUGUUGUUUGCUUCUGAGGGCGACAAACCAUCGAUUACCGUAUUGAAUGGUUCUAUGGUGACGGAUCUGGCGGGCAAUCCAGUGUCCAGUAGCUGGUACACAGUACGGCACGCAUAUCAACUACAAUUACGCGCGAAGCGCUUGAUCAGCAUCUCGACAGGCUUUUUCAUCAGCGGCCAGCUACUACAAGCACGGUCGCUCCUCCUGGAAACUGAACUUACGGAAGCAGUGCUCGGUUCGAAUCCAGCUACAAUCAAUGGUACAGGGGGGCGCUUCAUCGGAGUCAUUCUUAAAGCUGUUAUGGUCAUCACCAUCGCGGCAUCCUUCAUCUCCCUAUGGUCAUCACACGUGUCUAUGCUGCAGACAGUGUACCAUUUUCAGCCGUCGCCGCGGCAAGCACAGCUUGGGUACGUUGAAGCAGAGCCCGCCCGCCAGCACCACCGUUUCCGCACCCUCAUUUCAGCAGUGGCCCGAAGGACCCCCUCAGCAGUGGCUUUUGAAACGGCCCCGAUGCCGUCGUUACUCCUCAAGCAAACAACAUCAUCAUCAACCUCAACGACCAUCAAUAAAUCACCCGACCAAGCCAUUGUGGAUGAAGUAAAUGGUGUGGAUGUGUUGCUUUCGUGGCUCCGGAACAAGUCCCAAUUUGGCGAUGGAAACAACACCAAUCCAACAAGCAUAUACGCAAUUGGUGGUACAGCUUUUGCUGGUAGCGGCAAGUCCUUGACGUUUUUGGACCGCAAGGGGCAUCCUUUUGCCAAUAAUAAUAGCAGCUCCGUUGUCGCGAACUCAACUGCCGCCCCCUCAACGCCCCCCGAUGCAUCCAGCAGCUGGAACAAUAAUACCAACAAGCCAUCGUUUGAGACAGAAACGCAGGGUCUGUUGUUCAUGUUCACCGUAGUGGCAGUCCUCAUGGGCAGCCUGCUCAUAGCUCACAUUUGGGUGGUUUUGCUUUUUCGGACCUACGUUGGGCCAGAUCUACCCUCUGCACUCUACUUUCCUAGAGCGGAAAUAGCCCUUGCAGGCCCGCUGCUGGUAGCUAUUGCAUUUUACGCGAGCCACACCCUCAGCAGUGGCACCGCUGCCAGAUGGACCAGCAACCGGAUUGCGGCGUUGCUUGCAAUUUUAAUAGUAUUAUUGCCUUAUGUCAUAACGUUAUGGUGGCUUACAGCUUCUCGCUGGUACCUCGAGGAGAAACCCGGCACAAUCACAGAGGCUGCUUCACCACUUGGACCACACUGGGAUGUGGUGCCUGGUGCUGAUGCUGGUGGCCCUUUUGCAACAAGCGAUGACUGCACAGUACCUGCCAAAGAAUCUCCUAGACCCAGUAAGAUCCUCUUUAAGUCGGUCAGGAGUCGCAACAAACGCAGUAUGGCGCGCAACAGCAUGAGCUUGGUUAUUGGACGCAGCAGGCACCUGCUCUCUUUUCAACAGCGUGCUCAGCAACAGGGUGGCAAUGCGCUGGGUUCCGUUGGGAGCACUACUCAGGUGGCCGAAGCGGAGGCUGCAGGAGUUCAAAUGAGCAGCAUGAUGAUCAAAUUCCAGCAAAUGGUUGCGUCAUCUGAAGGCUCCCGGACUUCAAACGUUGGCGGGCCAAAUGCCUCCGGUGGCGCUUGUGGGGUUUCCAGUAAACAAGCUUCCCUCCUUCCUCAUGCCCAGCAGGAUGUGGUCUUAGAUAGGCAAGAAGUGCGCCCGGGUUCAGAGGAGUACUAUAAAAGCUUACCUCGAUAUAACGCUGACUACUGGCAAGAUUCCACACAACCCCCUGACCACCUGGGAUGCAGGACGGAAGCCCCAUCAUCAGCCAGUGAGGAAAAACCUCCGUUUGGGUGCCGGCGGCCAGUUAGCAGCAUUAUAGCGCGGUCACCUAGUCGGCAACUGCUUGCAAGCCGUCCUGUGAGUCCAGAUGGCAGUAAAGGCGGCGUAUGCGGCACAACAAACCGGCAGUCAAUCGAACACCCUGGAACUGAAGGGACUUCUGCUACCUUUCUGAAGCUAUCAGAGUUGGUUGACAAGUUAUACAAAUCCACUCAUGCAACUCCACAAGCAUCCAUUAGGGUGAGCACGGCCAACGAGGGUGACAUGGUGCAAGCGCAAUCCAAGGACCAGAAAUCAAUAGACAGGAAACUGCCAAGCAAGCAUAGGGCUAAUGGUACCUGCGGCGAUUUCAUGGGAAUCCUGAAAUUGGGGCCCACAAAGUCAGCACAGGGAGGCAUAUGUGCUAAGCCAGAUGGCGUCAGCCGCUGGCCACAGCUUGCUGACAUGACCGACCUGCAAGAUACCCCCAGCACAGCUGCCAAAGGCUCUACUGCUAAUCCAAAGUGUCUACAUGAGAAGAGUACGGCAGGUUCACCAAAUCAGGACAUAGCUACAGCAACGGAGGUUUGUGGUGUGUCCAAUGCUGCACCAUACUUGCAGCAACAGAGCUCAGCCAUUGCCAGUGUGUUCGCUGGGACAUCAAUAAUGCAAACAGUGCAUACAAAUUCUGCUUCGAUGGAGCCAGUGUUGGACGACCCUAAGCGUAUUAAGGCAGAACCUGAUUUGGUGGAAUUAACGUUGGACACAUCUAACCUCGGUGAAGCCGCGUCUUCAAGUCGAGCGGAGGAGAUCCAAAAUGUCCUUCCCUGGGGCAUCAACCACUCGGGCAUUACCGUCAUAGUGCAGUCAACCCAGCCAGAGGAGCGCGAACGGUCUGUUCCUAUUGCCCAGGGCUUAAUUUCACCAAGGCUUUCUGUACAUCAGCAGGCUAUGGAGCCCUCAGAGUUGCCUAGCCAGCUGCAGCGUCGAUCAAGGCUCAGCAGGGCGCAUGCGCCUACACCGGAGGCAGGAGCUGAACCGGACAACAAGAGCAAGGGUAAUACCAAGCACCCCACCAAGGUGCUCCCUUUCAUCACUGCACUUAUGAAGCUUGUUACUGGCCGAAGUUCUGGUCGCACAGGGGACACCAGCACACCGCCUACUUCACCAAGGCAUGCAGCCAGCUCGCAGGCAGGUAUGGAUGAUAUGCCUGCAGGACGAGCUGGGUCACCUUGUGUGUUCCCAGCACCAUCUCCCAGCAGUAAUGCACUGUCUAGCAGCUCAACAUCGGCUUUCCAGACCAUCAGGCCGCCUAAGUGUAGCUCCAACAGGACACCCAUGUUGGAUGCUACAUUGUCAUCAUCCACGGACCAUCAGCACGACACCAAGGAUGGUAUUGACCUGGCUGCCAGUGGUUUGAUGGGAGCAGCGAUAGCAGGACCGAUUGCGGAGGCAAUUGAGGCAUCUCAGGAUGAGCAUCGUAGGAGAUCAUCAGUCUCAUCCCGUACUCGUGGCUCCAUUAUGAUGCAGCUCCCGCUCCAGAUACUGUCACCACGUCAGUCGACUGUUGACAAAUCUUCUGUUACACAGCGUCCAAGCAAAGGCUUCGGUUCAAGUGGCAAGCGACGCACGACCCAGCAGCGUGAGUUCUUUGUAAUGUACAAUUUGCUCGCGGACCCUGCCGCCAGGAGAUCGCCAGAGUUCAAGCAGCAAGAAAGUCUUUUGCGACGUGUUCCAGCCACCAGUAUUUACAGCCCUCGACGAACAGUGAAGUUGAAGACAAUUCCAAGCAGGGCGAGCGGUUACUCAGUUGCAACUGUUGAUGGCGAGCAGAGUGACAGUAACGACCAAGCUACACCCACGCCUCCCUGUGGGACAUCGAACCUUGAUCAUGACCAGCCCCCAACACCUUCACCAAAUUUGCCCCGAAAGAGGUUCUUGUGGGGCCUUCAAUCCCUAAGCAUCUUUACCCCACGUCCAAGCAGCGUCGAGGACCCCAGAGCUGGGGAGGUGGAAACUGGGACGGAUAUUCAUGGGCUGGGUGAGACGGAGACGACAGAAGGUUCUUCGGCUACGGUGCCAGGAAAACCUUUGAGUGAGCCUACAGGAGGUCUGAAUGCAAGGGCGACUACAAAACUGGUUAAGAAAACUCCAAAGCCGUCCAAAUUUCGGCUGAGAGAGGAUGCCUAUGCAGCAUCGGCACCACCAGAAAUCGAUAAGCGGUUGCUGCCCCUAUAUCCGGGCAAGACCGUGCCAAUGUACAUGAUUUACUACCGGCCAUGUUGCUGGCUAUGUCGGCUUCAUGUAACUCCCCCUGUGCACUUCCUGGCACGCUUCGAGUUCCUGUAUGAAGAUGGGAUUGGCGAUGGUACUCAGCAGACUGGCCGCGAAACCAAGUGGAUUCUCUCUUUUGGUCCCUUAAACUUCACACACAAAGUACUGUGCGCCAUAAUUUUGGGGACUUGGGGCCAGCACUGGCAAAGCGUGCCGCAAUUGGCAAUCCUAUGCUCGACCCAGCUGGCCAUCCUGUUAUACAUGGUGGCUUGGAGGCCUUUCCUGCAUAGGCAGAGGCUGGUCAUGGAGCUGGUGUGCCACGGCUUGGAGUUGGUGUUGUUCAUAUGUGCGUUCGCGCUCCUGAACGCCGCACCGGACAAUGAGGCACCAACAACCUACCUAAUGAUAGCCUGCCUCCUCCUCACUACACUCGUGGCCAUCAGCUACGAGGUGUGGCAGGUGAUACGCAUCAUCAAACGAGUUGGGAACAUGCUGCACAAACUGCAUUUUACGGAAGACAGAAGGGGACAGCUCCAUCCAGUUUUCCAGGCUGCAGCAGCGCACCUUUUGACACCAGCACUGCUGGCAUGGCAGGGCAAGGAGAGCUGCGUGGCUUUGGUGUCAGCACCGGCGACACCUCCACUGAUGCCGUUGUUGGCCUACAGUGUGAGCCUCAUGGAUGCAGCAACAGCAGCAUACCUGCUGUAUUCGACAGCUCCAGACAGGGGGGUGGGGACUGCCGCAGCAGGGCAGCUGGGGCGCCGGGAGGGGUGCCAGGACUCGCGAUCGCUUACAGGAAUUAAUCACGAAUCAAGGACGUACUUUAUUUCGGAGUAA